AUGUUGGCAAGGUCCUGCCUGCGGUCAACGCGGGCCUUUGCCGGCGCCCGCCCGAGUGUCUUUAACGUGGCCAAGCGUGCAGCCUCCACCUCGAGCUCCGGUUCUGCCGCCGGCGAUGCGGCUUCCAACCUGCGCAUGAACGUUGCCGCAGCCGCGUCGACCGCAGUGGCCGUCGGCUCGGUUGCCUGGUACUACCACCUCUAUGGGCCCGUCGCCCAGGCGAUGACCCCUGCCGAAGAAGGUCUGCACUCCACCCAGUACCCCUGGGCUCACCAGGGCCUUCUCAAGACAUACGACCACCAGGCUCUUCGCCGUGGUUUCCAGGUGUACCGGGAGGUCUGCGCGGCCUGCCACUCUCUCAGCCGUGUGCCGUACCGCACGCUCGUCGGCACGAUCCUGACGUCGGACGAGGCCAAGGCCAUGGCCGAGGAGAACGAGUACGACUCGGAGCCCAACGACCAGGGUGAGAUCGAGAAGCGCCCCGGAAAGCUGUCGGACUACCUGCCGGCGCCGUACCCGAACGAAGAGGCGGCGCGGUUUGCCAAUGCCGGUGCUCUGCCGCCCGACUUGAGCCUGAUCAUCAAGGGCCGUCACGGCGGCUGCGACUACGUCUUCUCGCUGCUGACGGGCUACCCGGAUGAGCCGCCUGCCGGCGCGCAGGUCGGUGCCGGGCUCAACUUCAACCCCUAUUUCCCCAACACCGGUAUUGCCAUGGGCCGUGUUCUGUUCGACGGCAUCGUCGAGUACGAGGACGAGACGCCGGCGACCACGUCGCAGAUGGCCAAGGACGUCGUCGAGUUCCUCAACUGGGCGGCCGAGCCCGAGAUGGACGACCGGAAAAAGAUGGGCAUGAAGGUGCUCGUCUCCACGACCAUACUGUUCGCAAUCAGCGUCUGGGUCAAGCGGUACAAGUGGGCCUGGCUGAAGUCGCGGAAGAUUGUGUACGACCCGCCCAAGAAUGUCGGCCACUAG